AUGGUUGCUUCCGAGAAGAAGACCUUUGAAAGGUCUGCUGGUCUGUCACUCACUCGCUUCCUGAGAUUUAUUUCCUCAGAAUACCGAAUUCUGUUCACGCUCGUUUUUACCCUCAACCUUAUUGGCGUUAUUAUCUUCUUAUGGCUAUGGUUCCUUGAUGGCCACGCAAACCCAAACACCUGCGGCCUCGCAACGGCAAUAAAUCUCGCUGUCAGUAUUGUUAUUCGAGAAGAGCAUGUCGUCAACGGCCUAUACUAUGUCUUCACAGCGUUUCCAAAAACAUCACCACUCUGGCUAAGGUCACGGAUGGGCAAGAUCUACCAUCUUGGAGGUCUGCAUAGCGGCUGUGGAGUGGCAGCUACCUUCUGGUUUAUCAUGAUGUCCAUCGAGAAAACCAGCUUUUUCAAUAACACCAAGGACCGAGAUGCCGCCAUGUGUGUUUAUAUUGUUAUCAUCUACAUGCUGGACUGCCUUCUCAUUGCAAUGCUGGUCAUGUCUUACCCCUCAGUACGAGCGAAGAUCCACAAUGCUUUUGAAGUUGUUCACCGACUGGCUGGCUGGUCUUCUCUCGCUCUUCUCUGGUGCCUUACGGUUCUCGAUGCAACAAUCAAUACCAAGCCGGGUGAUUCACCCGCCGCGGCCGUUUUCUCCAGUGCACCAGUUUGGCUCGUCUUUGUCUCGACCUGUUGUGUCAUAUCAACUUGGCUGAACUGUCGAAAAGUUCAAGUUGUCUCUGAGCGACUAUCUUCACACGCUCUUCGGAUGUACUUCGACUAUACCAAUCCUCAACCUGGAACAACCAUUCGACUCUCAUCUCGACCUUUGCUGGAAUGGCACGCCUUUGCAACUGUCAACAACCCAAAGGAAAAUGGUUUCUCAGUAGUUAUUUCAAAUGCAGGGGACUGGACGAAGAAGGUCGUCACCGAACCGCCUCGUGAGGUUUGGGUCCGCCGUACACCAACUUGCGGUGUCUUGCGUAUCGCCCCGAUGUUCAACAGUAUUGUUCUGGUAGCUACUGGUUCUGGAAUCGCACCAUGCCUUCCAGUCAUUCUUGCACAGCAAACACGGAUAACUCUAUUCUGGUCAACUCGAGACCCACUAGAGACCUACGGUCCAAAUAUUGCUUCUAUUAUCCUGGGAAUGGGGGAUAAUGCACAUAUUCACAACACUUCAACUAUGGGUCGACCCAAUACACUUCCUACAGUCCUGGACCUGUACAAGAAGACAGAAAGCGAGGCUGUAGUAGUAAUCUCUAAUCCAAAACUGACGAUCGACUUGGUCCUAGACUUGCAGGCUUUGGGAGUACCAGCUUUUGGUCCAAUCUGGGAUUCAUAG